UGAGUGGCAGUUUGGAGUGGCGUGGGUAUCACACCGGCCGGUGCGAAAUGAAGUUACUGCAGUGGAGCAAUGCGACAUUCACAGUGACAGAUUUGAACUGAAUUCACCAACGAGUAUGCGAAGAUCAAGGAUUAGUAUUAAGCCUAAUGUCAGGCCAGGGGGUCGAAGUGUGGCCCCUACAGCAGAGAGCAAGAGUUCUCAAGAGCCAACAGCUGUUCACAACACCCAACAAGCACAAAUAGGUGAGGAAAUAGACAGACCAUCAACUGCUCCACAGCCUCGACUGGAAGUGAUAGAGCCUGAUGUGGCAACAGGAGAUAGAAAUGUUCCCGGCUCUCCCUCAGAGAAAGCAUCAGUUAACACUAGCGAUGGAGUGCCCUCUAGUGCCAGCACACCUGCAACUACAGCACUUCAGAGGAGGAGCAGGAUCUCAGCCACACCAAACCUUGCCAGACCCAAAAUCCGUUCUGUUCCUCCUCUAUCCACUGGAACGACUGCUUCCCUUCCAUCAGUGCCAUCCAAGUCUCUCCCUGAGGCCUCUGUCCCAGUUGCUACCAGCGGAGAUGAUUCUCCAAACACAACAUUCUCAGAUCCAAUCAAUUCACAAACCACAGCAACAGCUCACUGCCCCCCAUCUUCACCAAGUCUUCCAUCCACUUCUGGUUGCCAUGAGCCCUCUGUCCGUAAAACAUCAGUGCCAGAAUCUCCAUUUACACAGUCUCAACAAGAGACUCCCAAACAAAUCCAAAACAAGGAUUCUGUGCCCCAAGAAGGUGCCUCUCCAGUCUUGCCAUAUGUGAAGCUGGCAUGUUGUGAUGAACCAGGCUCCCCCCUGAAGAACUCUGAAAUGACCUCAGACAAGCAGCGGGUCUUGAAGGCCCUCAAACUGAAAGAACUCAUGAAGCUGGAGAGGAGGAAAGAAAGAAUGGUCGGGAAAAAGAGGCAAAAGCGUGAGCAUAGCGAUGAGAUGGAUCGUAGAAAAAUGACCAUAGCUGACUUCAUUUAUUACCUACCACAGUCAAACCCUAUGAGGUCCUCCCUUUCCACGGAGGAGGUUCAAGAAAAGACAAUUGUUCCACCCUCACCCAAGGUGCUGGAAAAGAUGGCAGAACCAGAUGAGGAAGAUGAUGAUGCUGAAGAGGAGUUGCUGGUUCCUAAAGUCAAAGUGGCAGAGGAUGGCUCACUCAUUCUAGAUGACAACAGUUUGACAGUGCGCGUUCAGAGAACAUCUGAUACAGUUGUAGAGAAUGCUAAUCCACUGUUUGAGCGAGGCAGUACUACAACAUACGCAAGUUUCAGAAAAAAAUGCUUUGUGAAGAACUGGUCUAUCAGAGAGACAGACAUGUUCUAUCUUGCCAUCAGUAUGGUGGGAACAGACUUCUCCUUGAUUGCUCAGCUAUUGACUCACCGUAGCAGAGCAGAAAUAAAGAGAAAAUUUAGGAAGGAGGAUAAAACAAAUUCAUGGCGAGUGGAUCAAGCAUUCAGAAACAAGCGACCCUAUGACAAGGAGUUUUUCAGUUUCCUGCUGAAGAGGAUUUUGGCCAAGGACAAAGAAAGAGGCAAAUCUAUAAAACUGGUCGUAAAAAAGGCAAAGAAAGGAAAAGGAAGUAACAAAGCCAAAGAGCUUGAGGAUGAAGACAUGAUUAAUGAUAAUGAUGACGACGAUGAUUUGUACAUUGGGGAAAGUGGUUCUCUUGAUUUAGAAAAGGAGAAUGAGGACAGCAGUAAUGUGAAGGUAGCUGAUGUGCCAUUAAAAACCAGCAAGAAGCGAAAACGCACAAGAGAGCCAGAAGUGUCAACACGCAAGCCAAGGAAGAAUAACAAGAAAUCAAAAAAAGGCAAAUGCUUAGUUGAAGAAAGUGAGCUUUUAAAUGUGGAGGAUGAUAUAUUGGAGGGAGACUCUGUGAAUGCUGAGAAUAAAGAUACAUCAUGUACGUCCAUACCAGCAAAGAAACGCAAACGUUCAAAAAAGGGUGACAAGAAGAGGCAGGAAGAGGAGCCAGAAGAAAAAUGCAAGACAAAGAAGAAAAAGACACUUAAAGUUCCUACUGAUGUUGAUAGAGAACCUACUCAUGAUGAUGGAGAAGGUGAUGAGAUCAAUGAGGAGCACAAGUCUGAUGUCUCAACCAAGAAGCGCAAACGCUGCAAAAAGUUGGAGAAGGAAAAAUAUGAACCCACAAAAGGAAAACUAAAAACUAAAAAGACCAAAAUGUCUAAGGAAGACAGUGUUGAAGUUGAGUUGGGUGCUGAUAGUAGUGAAGUCUCAACAGCGGGUCCCGGUGGUGAAGAGGAUCAGGGGGAGAAGCUCAUUCAAAAGACAGCAGCUCAGGAGGAGAUCCCACAAAACUCUUCAAAAAGGUUGAAGAAGCCCAAUUUGGCCACAAGAAAAGCCAAAAAGUGCUCUGAGGCAACAGUGGAGGUUGAAGACACGACACAAGAGACUCGAGAUGAAAACUGCAAAGAGGCUGAGAUUGAGAACAGAAUCGGCUGUCUUGAUGAUAAACCACUCCACAAACAGGCAGUUGUUAUUCUGGAAAGAACACCUCCAAGGCUAAAAAAUGCAGAAAGCUCAUCCCAAGGCAAAGACCAGCCGCAGUCCCCACAGAGUCUGCAAGCUUCUCCUGGACGGCAGACGAGAGCAGAAAAGGUCAAACGUAAUCUGAAUGCUCCAAAAAGUAUGAUCAAGGAGAAAGGAAAGAUAGACGAGCAUCAGGAUGGGUCAGGGUCUGAUACAUCACCAGAGGAAAUGAGUAGCACUGCAAUGCCUUAUCAGGUGGUCAUCCAAAAAUGUAAAGAGAUGGAGGCAGUUCAAAGUACAAAAGAGGGUGUUGAUCUGAGUGAUUUGGAGUUUUUGCCUUCAUCUGAAGUACAUGGUCGGACGCUCCUGAAAAAGCUGGUUGUGUUGGUGUCUCAUGAAGAAGUGGAACACUACCUCAGGGUCCAAGCGCAACCUGAUGCAACAUCCGCUAAAGUUGAUUAUGUGGAAGAACAAGGGGAUGGUCCUGAGGAGAAGGGCUCUUCCAGUGUUACUCUAAAAGAGAGGGACUCUCAAGAUCCAGAGGAGAAGGAUUCUGACAGUGCCUCAGAUUCUGCCCAACAGUGUAAUGCCCAAAAGAGGAAUCCCCCGUCUUCCAAAUAUGACUCCAGUCAGCAGAAGUGUAGCAGUUCCGUGGAAGACAAAGUGAAGACUGUCCCAAAUGAAGACCUGGUGGAACAGCACAGGGAAAGUCCUGAGGAAAAAUCUAGUAUUACUCAAGAAGAGAACAGCUUUCAGGAUGUGAAGGAUGAUACCCAAACCUCAACAGAUGUUUUCCCCUCCUUUCCAUCAGAUGAAGAAACUCCUCCAUGGGAGAGCAAGAAAGUUGUCCAGGAGAUUUUAUCCUUCCUUGACGAGCCACAAGUUCCCCCCACCACAUCAUCAGACAAAGAUACGAAUGAAAAAGAUAAACAGCCUGGAAGUUUUCUGACCUCUGAGAAUAAAGAUCAAAUAACUGAUCAAGAGGAAUCUAAAUCAGAACGUAAUGAGACUGAGCUACAGGAAACCUUGACUGAGGAACCUCAGAAAGAGUUGAAGAGGACUAUUCCUAUCAGCUGUUCUGAGCGAUCUGCUGAUGAUGCCUCAGUUACUACUCAACAGUAUAUUGCCCCAGAAAGGCGGAGUUGGUUUGCUAAGCCCAAACCCAACCUGAGACGGGCAUCCAAGGUCACGAUCAACCCUCAGCAGGCCAUAAAACCUAAUAAAGGUUCUACAAGUGAGACUGGAUGUCAGAACCCUGCUAAAGCCCAGCACUGUGAAUUAGAUCUCAACAUAAAGACCAUCUCCAGAGAAGAUGAGCUUGUGUCAUCUGAUGUGAACUUGCGGGAGCAAGCUGAGGAUCUCCUUUCUUCUGUCCCAUCACUUAACUCAACAAAAACCUUAGAUCCAAAAGUUCCUGUGGACAACAGUGGUACAGGAAACGAAGAAAGAAUUGAUAACCAAACCAACAAAGAGCCUACCUUUAUUUUGACUCUGUAUGAGAUUCCUGCUUCUCAGCUGUUGCUUGAAGCUACCUCUGGGCCUCAGGACACUGACCCUUACGAAUUGGAGCCAGCGCAAGUCCAGACACCCCUUCUUUGCUCUGGCAAAUCUCUGUCUCUUCCAUCCACAUUAGAGGCUUCCUGCUGUACAGUGCCACACAUGGGGUCAGAAGAGAUCGAAAAACCAUGUAAAAGUGUUUCUCAGAAGGGGGAAGAUGAUUCCCUAAUUCCUGUUGCAGCCAAUGCAGUGAAAGAUGACAUUACACAGUCACAGGAAAGCAGCAGUCCUCUAGAGAGUCAGGAGGUGCUCUCCUCUAAUGAUGCCAUGAAGCCAACAGAUGUUACCAAUGUAUCGAAGUUAGAUCCAAGGCCGACAGAAUCUACAGAAGCAAAGCCUCCUGCUCAAAGGAGAAGCAAAAUAAAGGUUAGGCCAAAACUAAGGCCAUGUGUGAAGGUUGGGCCCUCAAACACAAAUCAAUCUGAGUGUGAGUCCAGUCAGCCAACCACAUCCAAAGACAAUCUGCAUGGUGGGCAUGAGGGUGUGUUGUCGAAUGCCACUGUGCCAGAUCCUGAAGAAGGGAGAGAUAAGGUUCACAGGAAAAAGGAAAGCCCUCCCAAAACUGGUCUCCAAAUGGGCUUUCCAUUGGGCGAGGAGUCCAUUGAAUCUUCGGUGAGUCCGAGGCCGUUCUCUGCCGAAGCAGACCAUGUGGUAGAUACAGCAAAUAUUCCUGGUCAGCACAGUUCUGUGAUCAAAGAUGUUGAAGAUAGUUGUGAGGGUGUUUCACACAUAGUGUUGGAUGAUGCCUUGGUUCUUGCCUUUGGAGAAAUGGAAGAUGAUGAUAUGGGGAUGGCAAGCUUUCAUGAGAGGAAGCUUCACAAAUUUGAGGACGUCUCUGUAUGCCAUCCAGAAAGUAAAAGACUUCUCUCUGCAGAUAAUGAUCAAAUGGUAGAAGUGACGGAUAUUUCUAAAAAGGUAGAUACUUGCGGAGAGGCAUCAGCUGUUACCCCAUCUGCAACUCAAGAGAUGAAAAUGCCCUUUAGAAGAAGCAAGUUGCAAGUGAAGCCUAAAUUAGCAAAGGCAGCACAUACUAAAGAUGGUUCCUCAAGAAAAGUGCGAUCUAAAAUUGAGCUUAUUCAUCCAGCCACAUCUCCAAUCAUUUCACCAGUUCCUCAGCAAGUUAUUGAACAUCAGAUUAAAGAAAAGACUGAUAAAGUAGAACAGAGAUCUGAACAAGAAGAUAUCUGUGAUAUGGUGCCAACUGUGACUAAUGAAGUUGUGAAGGUGAAGCAACCGCUUAUACAAUUCACUACUGCAAAAACAUCAAUAUGUGCUGAGUCACCACCUGUGGAAGAGAAAAGUGAGGAUUGGCAUAAGGAUGUGCCACACACAGUGUUGCCUGAUAUAAUAGUGCCGGUUUCUGAAGAAAUGGAAGAUGAGGUUCAUAAGGAGAGUGGAAUUUCUCUUCAGAGUGGUUUCCAGUCAAGUGAAGACCCAUACAUCUGUGCUGUAGAGAGCCAGCAGAGUCUCAUUGCAGAGGCAGAUGAGGAGAUAGAUGAUGAGCAUGAGGGAGUUUCACACAUGGUGUUGACUGAUAUUUUUAUCCCUGUCUCUGAGGAAAGUGGAGAUGAUUUGACCAAGGAAUGGACAACAACUGGAAAGGGAAGCCCUCAUAAAGCAGAAAGAUCCCAGCUGAAAAAGCAUCCAGACAUCUCAAACCUGCGAUGUGCAGAGUCAAAUUUGAGAUCAUCUAAUUCACCCAAAAGGAAAACGCCCAUGAGGAAAGGCACGUUGAAGGUGAAGAUGAUAUUUCCCAAGACGAAGGAGUCCUCAAAGAGUGUCCAGCAAUCACAAACAGCUUUAUCAGUGCCUUCAACCUUAAUGGUGAAACAGCAGGAUAUUGAUCUUACUCUAAAUUCCCUAGAAAAUGAGCAUGUCUCACAAUCCAAAGUGGAAUCAAAUUCAGAAGAUGGUAAAUGCUCAAUCAAAGAUUUGACUCCUUUUGCCAGUAAAGACUUGCAGCCAUGGCAACAAAGCACACAUUGUAGUGUCAAGGAGACUUUAACAUGCGCUGACCCUGAGAAGACAUUUGAGGGUGUUUCUCACACAGUGCUUUAUGAUGUAUUGGUGCCAGUAUUUGAUGAGACUGCAGAAAGCUGCCUUCACAAAGAGGGCUUUUUGGUUGGUCUUCAAGACAGCAUGGAGACACCAUCUCAAGAUGUAGUCAAAGUUGUGAAGCCAACAGAUAUCGAAAGGCCAUCAAAUACUGAAAGAGUGGAGUCAACUGCAAGUCGAUCUGUGUCGGUGGAGAGGAAAGCACCCUCCUGUAGAGGAGCUACACCUCAGCAGUCUCUGGAACCUCAAGCUGAGGAAUGGUCCCUCAAAAGUGAUAUGCUGCCCAUGGACUCUGAUGAACUUGAUAACUGGUGUGAAGGAGUUUCCCACAUGUUGUUGUCUGAUGCCUUUGUGCCUGUGUCUGAAAUGAUUGCGGACGAGAACAGUACAGACUGGAAAGCAUGUGUUGCAAGGAGCCCUAAAAAGGAUAAGGAAUACGCUCUUAGUCCACCAGAGAGCAAGGAGACAUCCUUAGAGAAAACAAACGAAGUUCAUCAAUCAGGCAGUAUUUCUCAAAUGCCAAAAAUGGUUAUAAACUCAAGUGAGAGAUUGCUGGCAUCACAAGCAAUAACUUCACCUGGGAGAGGUACAUUCCAUAUGACACUAAGAUCACCACAAAGAACAUACCCUAAAGAUCAACCUGAUCUGCUAAAGUCAACCCAAGCUGUCCCAACAACACCCCAGCGAGCCAAUGCAUCAAAUCUGAAGGAGUCUGUCCGAACUCCAACAAAGCAACAAACAGAAGAAAUCACUAAUGUAUGUAGAGUACAGCUAGAGAGGUUAACUUCCGAGCAAAUCUGCUUGAGCCAAAAUUACUUGGAACCAAGACAUCACAGCACACCUGUCAAUGUGAAAACAACUUCCAGAGGGAGUGGUGAGAUGCACAAGGCAUUUCUGCCUUUGCAUGGAAGUACAAGCACUGGCUUAGAAUCAUGUGCUGAUGAGGAGCCACCUGUGCCUUCAGGCAACUGGCCAAAGGUUGUCAUUAAUCGUAUGGAAAUAAAGGCUACUGAUGCAGACACUUCCAUGCCUACCGCAUCUCCAGCUAGAGUGUCCGCUGCAGCCUCCCAAAAACUGUCUGAGCAUCAGUCACCUCAUAGCAGUCCUCUUAAUUCUGGUUUGGAUGAUGAUGAAGAGCCUGGUCAAGUGUCUCAGUUCUUCCUUGAUGACAUCUUCACUGAAGUUGAUCCGGAUUGAUUCUGAUUUCUGACCUUUUGGUUACAUUAUCACUGCUGCUAUCACAGUUCAUUGCACUUGAGUUUAAUGACACAUUUUGGAGAAUUGGAUGUAAUCUUGAUAACAUUUCUUUGCUUAAGUUACAAAGGGAAAAACUACACACACAGAUAAUGGGAAUUACUGUUCUGAGGCCUUUGCUGUAAUGUUUCUGUUUGUGAUUAGACAUGCAGUGACAAUGUGCAACCAUUUUUGAGGUUAAGCCAUGUCUUAUGUAUUUAUUUCUAUUUAUUUAAUGAUAAACAGUGUUGUUUUUACUGACACUGGUUUGAGUUUAAAUAUCUUGUUUUGUUCAAAUCGAAAUAUAUUUGUUUUUAUGGGUGCUGAAUGUUACAUUAAUUUUAAUUAACGUUUUCUCUGAGCAAAACCCUUUUCGUGGACUAUAAACACUUUAAGAACACUAAAGGUUUUAGCAAUGGUCAAUUAUAUUGGCAGUUUGUCGCAGAGUCUGGAAAAUGUGGUUAGUUGACAAAUAACUGGUCUUGAACUUUUUUUCAACUUUAAAGUUUUAUGUUGAAUUUUAAAAGUAAUAUAUGGCAGAGGUAUUGAAAUAAAGUUCCAAGAAGCCAGUCUUUACAUCCCAUCAAAGAUCUGAACAAUCAUAACUUAUGCUGUUUCUGGAUAGAUGUAUUGUGUCACUAUGAAAUUAAAUAAGCAUUUUAGAAAUAUGUUCAUUUAGAGGGGAAUAUUUAUUGCAGGGUGAUUUCAACAUUACAGGGAAUUGUUUCCCUGUAAAUUAUUCAUAACACAGUGGUAUCUUUAUUUUUUCAACAAAGUUAAUACUUCGUCUUCGCUCAUUUUAAUUUCGUCAUUUCAGGCCUGGUUCCUGUUACAAGGUGUCCUAGGGGCUUUGCCAGGGUGGACCAGCAUAUGAUGGUUUUACAGCAUUAGGGAUCUCUUGAAUUAAACUUUUAACUAGUACAAACUACGUAGAUAUCUAAAAUUAAUGGCAACACUUUACAAUAAGGUUCCAUUCAUUAACAUUAGUUAAUGCAUUAGGUAUCAUGAACUAACAAUGAACAAUAUGUUUUUUUUUACAGCAUUUAAUAUUUUUUGUUAAUGUAAGUUAAUAAAAAUACAAUGGUUGAUUUUUAGUUUGUCUUAGUUCAUAGUGCAUUAAAGCAUUAGU